UUUUCUAUUGUGAGGAGUCCGGAUAUAAUGUGGAUGAAAUUUGAAACCCAAGAGCCCAGUGUAAAUAUAAUUGGCUUCAAAUCGUUAACUUCCGUCAUUCAAUACAGUAUACAGAAUAAAUAGAAUACCGGCAGCUGUUAUUGACCCAAAUACAUGGACUUAGUAGUGUAAAGAAAGCAGAUAUUAAACAAAAUGGCCCAUCGACCUUUCAUCACCUAUUUUAUCGUCUACCUUACCAUACACAAGAUCAGCACGAAGCAGCCCCACAUAUUGCUGAUCGUUGCAGACGACUAUGGAUUCCACGAUAUUGGUUACCAUAACCGCGACUUUCAGACUCCGAAUUUGGACAAGCUCGCUUUAGGUGGUGUUCGUCUCGAGAAUUACUAUGUUCAACCGAUUUGUACUCCUACAAGAAGCCAGCUGCUUUCCGGCAGAUAUCAAAUUCACACAGGUCUACAGCACAACAUCAUAUGGCCAGAUCAGCCCAGUGGUUUACCACUAGAUAGCCCAACACUUGCUGAUAAGCUCAAAGAGGCUGGCUACUCAACACAUGCUGUCGGAAAAUGGCAUCUAGGCUUCUAUAAAGAUGAUUAUAUACCGACGAACAGGGGCUUCGAUUCUUUCUUUGGUUUCCUUACUGGAGGCGAGACCUACUACACUCACUAUCUUUGCUAUGACAACAAGUGUGGCACGGACAUGCGCGAUAUGACCCAUCCUACAGACGCUUACAACGGAACCUACUCCACCACAUUGUUUGCUGAAAAAGCGAUAGAUGUUAUCAAUAACCAUGAUGAAGACAAGCCCCUAUUUCUGUACGUCCCUUUCCAAGCUGUGCACGCUCCGAUGGAAGUACCGGAGAAAUACAUGGAGCCUUAUCGACACAUCAACGACAAAUUCAGGCGUAUAUACGCAGGUAUGGUGGCGUGCAUGGAUGAAGCCGUUGGGAAUAUAACAGAAGCCAUGACAAAGAGGGGGUUUUGGGAUGACACUGUUUUGGUUUUUACUACAGAUAACGGUGGCGAAAUUGCUGCUGGGGGCAAUAAUUACCCUCUCCGUGGCUGGAAACAUUCUUUGUGGGAUGGAGGCAUGCAUGCAGUUGGGUUUGUGCACAGCAAACUGAUUGGUUCCCAGAUGACUGGAUCAGCUACCAUGGAAUUGAUGCAUGUAACGGAUUGGUUCCCGACUCUAGUUAAGUUAGCAAAGGGAAACCUGAACGGAACCAAACCUCUUGAUGGAUUUGAUCAAUGGGCGACAAUAAGUAACGCAGGGGACAGUCCACGCCAAGAGAUACUACACAACAUAGACCAACUCUUCAAACCCUCGGGCAGACCUCUCUACAAUGGCACCUUCGAUACAACUAUAAGAGCGGCUUUGAGAGUUGGAGACUGGAAAAUCAUCACAGGCGACCCAGGUAACGGAAGCUGGAUUCCGCCUCCGGAGUACGGUUUGCCAGUAAGAGAUGCUCACGAACAAACGACUGGACUAAACGCCAAGAACCUUUGGUUGUUUAACAUUAUGAAAGAUCCUACGGAGCAACAUGACAUGUCCGAAACAGAGCCAGGAAUAGUGACAAAAAUGUUAGAUAAGCUUAGAGAUUACCAGAAAUCUGCGGUACCGUGUGUGUAUCCAAAGCCGGAUCCCCGUUCGGAUCCGGCAAAACUAGGUGGAUUUUGGGGACCUUGGGAAUAGCGAACGUAUUAUUGUAUAAUAACCGAAAACAUAUUUUUUUUUUCAAAAUAUAUACUUGCUUAGUACAACAAUAUUUUUGGUAUGUAUUGCUGUUAUCAUUAUUAUUUUGAUUAUUAAAAUCCACUCUCUA